CAUGGUUGAAGUUGAAGACUUGAAGCUCCGAGCUUAAAUUGGUAUGAUUCAAAUCCAAUCUGUUGUUCUUGAUUCAUUUUUAUUAUCAGGUUCAUGAUGAAUCCAGGUUCCGUCAAUUCUGUCAAUCGAAUACUAAAAAAAUCACUCUUUUGUGCAAAUUUCAUACCAAAAUCAACCUUUUCUGCUUCUUCCUUACAAAUUAUACCGACUCUGGAGUCGAAGUCUGUCUCUAGUCCACUUUUUCAUUUGCUUCCUGAAAACCAAAACCCCAACAACAUAGUCAAUCUCGUUUGCUCUGCUCUCAAACAAGACAAUUUUUCGUUGUCCCUUUUUAAAAGUGACAUAAAAGGGCUUAUUCCCCAUCUGGGUACCCAUGAAAUCUCAAGGGUUCUAUUGAGGUGCCAGUCUGAUUCUACUUCCGCUCUCAGUUUCUUCAAUUGGGUAAAAACUGAUCUGGGUGUUAAACUUACAGCAGAAAACUAUUGUUAUAUUAUUCAUAUACUGGCAUGGUCUCAUAAUUUCCCUGUGGCAAUGAAAUUGUUGUGUGAAUUAAUUUCUUUAGUUAAGGAAUGUUCCCCUACUGAGGAUGUUGUUAGAAGUUUGAUUCUGUAUAGGCAGGAUUGUAAUUGGAACCCUGUUAUCUUUGAUAUGCUCAUUAAGGCUUAUGUGAAGGGGGGAAUGGUUGAAGAGGGUUUUAGGACUUUUAAGAAGACUGUGGAGGCUGGUUAUACCCCUAAUGUGAUUGCUUGUAACUGCCUUUUGAAUGGAUUGUUGGGGUCCAAUUUUGCUGAUGAGUGUUGGCAAGUUUAUGAAGUGAUGGGGAGAGUUGGGAUUCGCCCAAAUUCAUACACGUUUAAUAUUCUAACUAAUGCUUUCUGCAAAGUUGGAAAUGUGGACAAGGUUAGUGACUUCCUGGAGAGGAUGGAAGAAGAAGGGUUUGAUCCUGAUCUGGUGACAUACAACACUCUGAUUAGUAGCUACUGUAGAAAAGGGAGAUUGGCUGAUGCGUUUUAUUUGUAUAGGAUCAUGUACAGGAGGGGUGUGAUCCCGGAUUUGGUUUCAUACACUGCAUUGAUGAAAGGUCUUUGCAAAGAAGGCAAAUUGCGAGAAGCUCAUCAGUUAUUCCACAGAAUGGUUCAUCGAGGAUUGAAUCCAGACGUUGUAUCCUACAAUAUUCUUAUUUCUGGCUAUUGCAAGGAGGGAAAGAUGAAAGAGUCCAGAAACUUAUUGCAUGAGAUGAUAGGAAAUGAAAUUCAUCCAGACAGUUUUACUUGUCAAGUUCUUAUAGAAGGAUAUGGGAAAGAUGGCAAGCUGCUUUCAGCUUUGAAUUUGGUUGAAGAACUCAAGAGAUUUCGGAUUUCAGUGUCUUGGGAUAUUUAUGACUAUUUAAUAGUCUCUUUAUGUCAAGAGGAUCGGCCUUUUGCAGCAAGGAAUCUCCUUGAAAGAUUAUCUCAAGAUGGUUACAUCCCCAAACUGGAGAUCUACAAUGAAUUGAUCAAGUCCUUGUGCAGAUGUGAUAGUGUUAAAGAUGCAUUACUUCUGAAAGAUGAGAUGACAUAUAGGAAUACAAUAACUAAUCUUGUUCCAACUGAGAAUAUUAUGGUUAAUUCUGCCACAUAUAGAGCUCCAAAAGUAAAGGCUAAUCUUGUCACUUAUCGAGCUCUUGUGUGCUGCUUGUGUAGAAAACAGAGAUGUGAGGAAGCUGAAUCCUUGAUGGAAGAAAUGCUCAAAUCUGGUGUUCUUCCAGAUGAAGAAAUAUGUCGGGCAUUGGUACACGGAUACUGCAUGAAAUCAGAUGUUCAAAAGGCAGAGUCAUUGUUGGUAUUCUUUGCGAAGGAAUAUGAGAUUGUUGAUACGCAUAGUUAUAAUGAACUUAUAAGAGCAAUUUCUAAGGAUGGUGAUAUGGUGAAGUUAAUGAAGCUUCAGGAUAGAAUGCUUAAAGUGGGGUUUGCUCCAAGUAGCCUUUCUUUCAAGUACGCGAUCCAUGGUUUAUGGAAUGCUAUUGGAUUGGAUAAACAAAAGCUAAUGGUGAAUUGAAAUAGGAAAAAAACCGUAGUAGUGCUGCACUUGACGUGCUAGGAUGUGGUACAGUGCAUAUUUCCUUGGUUAGAUGGCCUAAGAAAAACAUAUUGCAUUAUCCAUUCUGGAUCUCAAUUUAAGACAUUUUCGCUCGUGUUGGGUUUUUGGGUUUUCUGUGACGAAGGUUAAAAAGGUGGGAAGCGCAUUGCAGGGAGGUCUUGGAAGGUGGAGGAACAUUUGUGGAGUGGCUUUCCACAUUCGUAUAUAAUUCUUUCCUGCUUGUCUACCAUUGCAAGUGCACAUGCAAAAACUAGCGAAAACUUUCACUUCCUGCACGCUACGUAAACAGGACCAGCUCUUCCAAGUGAAAUCACAGUGAGAGGGUAUCUUGCAAACAACAUUUUUUUAUUUGGAGUGAAUUUAUCCAUUUACCUUCUCUUAUGUAUUUAAAUAUGAGAUGGACAUCAAAAUCUCAAAUUUUCAACUACCAUUAGAUUUUGAAGUUU